GUAUGUACAUUAGGGUUUGAAAGAGGUUGAAGUGAUAAAGAUUUUGGUCAUCGUCUGAUCUUUGAGGCAAAGAAAAACAUGGGAUGGUCAACGAUGAUCGAAUUAGCACUAAUCUUAGUUUUAAUUAUUGGAUUGGGUUUAGCAGUCACCAUUGUUAUUGAAACUUUCAAAAGAAGAUUUAAUCACAAUCAUCUUGAAGCUCACCCCAUAUUUGAAGAUCCAAAUUCUCUAAAACAGGUGGAAUGUCCAUAUAUAUAUGAUCCUGCAUCAAAAUAUAUUUCGUUGAUAAUUCCUGCGUACAAUGAAGAACUUAGACUCCCUGUUGCUCUUGAUGAGACCAUGAAUUAUCUUCAAGAACGUGCGAGGAAGGACCACUCAUUUACAUACGAGGUGAUAAUUGUUGAUGAUGGAAGUUCUGAUGGAACAAAAAGAGUAGCCUUUGACUUUGUGAAAAAGUAUAAAGUAGACAAUGUUAGAGUUGUUCUUCUUGGAAAGAAUCAGGGCAAAGGCGAAGCUAUAAGAAAAGGAAUGCUUCAUUCUCGGGGAAAACUACUUCUGAUGCUAGAUGCUGACGGAGCUACCAAAGUUGAUGACCUGGCAAAGCUUGAGAAUCAGAUCCUUGCAGUUGCCAAAACAAAGCAUCAGUCUGCUGGAAAUUCAAGUGAAGCGAUCGCAGAUAUUCCUAUUGUGGCAUUUGGCUCUCGUGCUCAUCUGGAGAAGAAAGCUCUAGCUACAAGGAAAUGGUAUCGCAACUUUUUAAUGAAAGGGUUUCAUCUUGUGGUCCUCCUAGCUGCUGGUCCUGGAGUUCGUGAUACACAGUGUGGCUUUAAGAUGUUUACUAGAGCUGCUGCAAGGAAACUUUUUACUAAUAUUCGGUUGAAAAGGUGGUGCUUUGACGUCGAGUUAGUUUAUUUAAGCAAGUUCUUUGACAUCCCUAUUAUAGAGAUAUCUGUAACCUGGUCUGAAAUUCCGGGAUCUAAGGUGAGUCCCUUAAGCAUUCUUAACAUGGUGUGGGAAAUGGGUCUCAUGUCUUUGGGAUAUAGAGCUGGUAUUUGGAAAAUAAGCAAACGGGAAUCUUAAGUCAAAGCAGAGAUCCUUUGGUGGAGUAUACUUUCGUGAUAUCCAGUUUUCUGACAUAGAAACUACAAAGUCUUGUUUCAAAUGUAACUUAUGUAAUCCGGCUCUUUCCUUUUCUUUGGGGGGAUAUCAAAAGAAAUCUUUGCUAUUGUCUUUCAUAUUUGGUUCAUUGGUUAUAAAGAAAACUGUAUACUAGGAGACUAGCUGACAGAUUUUGUAUGUUGGAGACAUUAUUAGUGAUGAUAGUUACAUACUAGUUUGCUAAUCUGAUAUGCUUCCGUUCUAGUUAAA